UGAGUGGAAUUUCCAGUUUUACUCUCUGGUUCGUGAGCGAGUUGGGGGGGAAGGAAGCCGAAGGAAGCUUUUAUUUCUGUUUCUUCUUCUCCUUUGUCUGUAUUUAAGGUACAAUUUCUCUCCCUCUCAACCGUUCUGCUGUACUCUUGUUCUUCCUAGCUAGGGUUUUUUUUUUCUUCCUUCUCGCUCGCUCUGUCUCUCGCCGUUGUUUUUACUGAGGUUGUAGCUCGGAAGGUCUGGUUCGGGAAGGCAGCGCUGGUUCAUACUCGUGUAGACAAUGGACUCGGUGGAUCCUGAUGGAAGUGGUCCUCAGGAGGCCUUGCCACCUCCCCCACCUGUUCUUCCUCCAGAUGUGGUGCCGGUAAAACUUGAAGAACCGGCUAAGAAGAAGCCUGCGCGGCUUCCCAUGGCUAGGCGGGGCAUGGGAUCCAAAGGACAGAAGAUCCAGUUGCUGACCAAUCACUUCAAAGUGAAUGUGACCAAUAUGGAGGGUCAAUUCUACCACUACAGUGUUGCUCUCUUGUAUGAAGAUGGCCGUCCUGUGGAGGCCAAAGGUGUUGGAAGGAAGGUUCUUGACAAAGUGCAGCAAACAUACAGUAGUGAAUUGUCCGGAAAGGAGUUUGCAUAUGAUGGUGAGAAGAGUUUGUUCACCAUUGGACAACUGCCACUUAACAAGCAUGAGUUCACUGUUGUUCUGGAAGAAGUCACGUCUAGCAGGAACAAUGGAAAUGUGAGCCCAGAUGCUGGAGGAAGUCCAAAUGACACCGAUAGGAAGAGGAUGCGGAGGCCUUAUAACUCGAAGACUUUCAUUGUGCAGAUCAAUUUUGCUGCCAAGAUUCCCAUGCAAGCCAUUGCUAGUGCCCUGAAGGGGGUGGAAACUGAAAGCUCUCAAGAAGCAUUGAGAGUAUUGGAUAUCAUACUACGGCAACAUGCUGCAAAACAGGGCUGCCUCCUGGUACGCCAAUCGUUCUUCCACAAUGAUCCGAAGAAUUUUGUGGAACUGGGAAAUGGUGUUCUAGGUUGCAGAGGCUUCCACUCCAGCUUUAGAACAACCCAAGGAGGAUUGUCUCUGAACAUUGAUGUAUCAACUACCAUGAUCAUCCAGCCUGGACCUGUUAUAGAUUUUCUGAUUAACAACCAGGGCGCCAGAGAUCCAUUCUCUUUGGAUUGGGCUAAGGCUAAAAGAGUGUUGAAAAAUCUGAGGGUUAAAGUAAGCCCUACAAAUCAGGAAUACAAGAUCACUGGUUUGAGUGAUCAAAACUGCAAAGAUCAGCUGUAUGCUUUUCACAUUAGGUUCCAAUUGAAACAGAAAGGUGAUGCUGAACCAUUGGAGAUCACUGUGUAUGACUACUUUGUCAAUCACAGAAACAUUGAGCUGCGGUAUUCGGGAGAUCUGCCUUGCAUUAAUGUAGGGAAGCCCAAGCGGCCUACUUAUAUUCCAUUGGAGCUAUGCACCUUGGUUUCCCUUCAACGUUACACCAAAGCGCUGACUUCUUUUCAGCGUUCUUCACUGGUGGAGAAGUCAAGGCAGAAGCCCCAAGAGAGGAUGGCUGUUCUGGCGCACUCUCUCAAAACAAGCCGCUAUGACGAGGAACCCCUGUUGCGCGCAUGUGGUCUCUCAAUUAGCAAUGGUUUCACCCAAGUGGAAGGUCGUGUGCUGCCAGCUCCAAAGCUCAAAGUGGGCAACGGGGAUGAUCUAUUUGCCAGAAAUGGCCGUUGGAAUUUUAACAAUAAGAAACUGGUUCAGCCUUGCAAAAUUGAGCGAUGGGCUCUUGUCAACUUCAAUGCAAGGUCUGAUAUGCGCAGGCUUGUGAAUGACUUGAUGAGAUGUGCAGAAGCAAAGGGAAUUGCCAUUGAGGAUCCUCAUGCAGUUAUUGAGGAAGACCGACAGAUGUCUCGUGCUCCUCCUAUAGUGAGAGUGGAGAAGAUGUUUGAGGAAAUCCAGUCUAAGCUUCCUGGCGCUCCAAAGUUUCUACUGUGUGUGCUUCCUGAGAGGAAAAACUGUGCUGUAUACGGGCCUUGGAAGCGGAAGAAUCUUGCUGAGUUUGGAAUUGUAACACAGUGUAUGGCUCCACAAAAGAUGAACGAUCAGUAUCUUACAAAUCUUCUCCUGAAGAUCAAUGCCAAGGUUGUUUGCAAGAAUUCUCUCUACAUGAAGCUUGGUGGUCUGAACUCUUUGCUCUCUGUGGAGCACUCUCCUUCCAUACCUGUGGUGUCCAAGGCUCCCACCAUGAUCCUUGGGAUGGAUGUCUCGCAUGGUUCUCCAGGACAGUCAGACAUACCUUCAAUUGCUGCGGUGGUCAGCUCUCGACACUGGCCUUUGAUUUCUCGCUAUAGGGCUUCUGUACGGACUCAGUCUCCCAAAGUUGAAAUGAUUGAUUCCUUGUACAAGCGAGUGUCUGACACGGAGGAUGAUGGAAUCAUGAGGGAAGCACUUCUGGACUUCUACGUGAGCUCAGGGAAAAGGAAGCCUGAGCAGAUAAUCAUAUUCAGGGAUGGUGUUAGUGAGUCCCAAUUCAACCAAGUGCUGAACAUUGAGCUGGAUCAAAUCAUUGAGGCCUGCAAGUUCCUGGAUGAGAAAUGGAACCCAAAGUUUGUGGUCAUUGUGGCCCAGAAGAAUCACCAUACCAAGUUCUUCCAGCCUAAUGGUCCUGACAAUGUCCCACCUGGAACCAUCAUUGACAACAAAGUUGGUCACCCAAAGAACUAUGAUUUCUACCUCUGUGCUCAUGCUGGAAUGAUUGGAACUACAAGGCCCACCCACUACCAUGUUCUGCUUGAUCAAGUGGGUUUCCAAGCAGAUGACCUUCAGGAGCUUGUCCACUCUUUGUCCUAUGUCUAUCAGAGAAGCAGCACUGCAAUUUCUGUUGUCGCUCCUGUGUGCUACGCCCACCUGGCAGCCACCCAGAUGAGCACAUUCAUGAAGUUUGAGGACACCUCAGAGACCUCAUCCAGCCGCGGCGGGAUGACCGCUGCAGGGCCUGCCCCAGUUCCUGCUCUCCCAAGGCUUGAAGAGAAGGUGGCCAACUCGAUGUUCUUCUGCUGAGGUGGUCUUUGUUCAUGUGCUGGAAGUACUGUGAAGUGGUAGUAGUGGACUAGUAGUUUAUCCUUUUGGCUGUGUACAUAAAGUGAACAUCUGUAAGGUUGUUGUGAAUUAGCCUUAGCCUUGCCUUUUCCUUGAUCUAAAAGGCUAAGGAGUAUGGUAAGUUGGAACAGUGAUAGUAGUAAACUAUGAGAGAAUGAUGAACAAUGUUUAGGUGUAGUAGUGGUUAGUAGUAUCUAGUGUCUUAUGUCCUGUCUGGGUAACUUUUGCAGUUGGAUCCUUUUGGAUUGUAAGCUUGCUCUUAUGCAAGCAAUAACAAUCAGUAAACAUCAAAUCCCCAGUUACAAGUUACAACACCAAACUCAGAGCAUCUUGAGACUAAAAUCACCAAAUCAAAAGUUCAUGUCUCCAGGGGGCCAAUAGUACAGAAGCAGUAACUUGGGAUGCAAACAACCGCAUUUCUGAAGUUGAUAAUGUGAUCAACAAAACC